AUGUCGGUUGCCUUUGCUUCUGCUCGCCCGAGAGGCAAAGGGGAGGUCACCCAGCAAACUAUCCAGAAGAUGCUAGAUGAAAAUCACCACUUAAUACAGUGUAUUAUGGACUAUCAGAGCAAAGGCAAAACAGCAGAAUGUACUCAAUACCAACAAAUCUUGCACAGAAACCUGGUUUACUUGGCAACAAUAGCAGACUCUAACCAGAAUAUGCAGUCCCUGCUUCCUGCACCACCAACGCAAAACAUGAAUUUGGGCCCAGGAGGAAUGACUCAGAGUGCAUCCAACCAAUCUCUCCAUUCACAGAGCAAUCUCAGUGAUGCAAUUGGGACAGGCCUUCCUCCUUCCUCCCUCAUGCAGAGUCAGAUUAGCAAUGGUCCUAAUCAUGUGUCUAUGCAGCAGUCAGGCCAGAAUACGAUGCCCACAACCUCUCUGAGUAUGACCGUGAGCAGCCAUGGAACUGGGCCUGGUUAUAGCCAUACAGUGCCUGCAUCUCAGAACGUGCCAAUGCAAGGCCAGGGGUCAAUAGGCAAUUACGUCUCUCGAACAAAUAUCAGCAUGCAGUCUAACCCAGUCUCCAUGAUGCACCAGCAAGCGGCAACAUCCCACUACAACUCGGCACAAGGAGGGAGCCAGCAUUACCAAGGACAGUCCUCCAUUGCCAUGAUGAGUCAGAGCAAUCAAGGCAACAGCAUGAUGGGUCAGCGACCCAUGGGCCCUUACAGACCUUCUCAGCAAGGUUCCUCUCAGCAGUACAUGGGGCAGGAGGAGUAUUACAGUGAACAGUACAGCCAUGGACAAGGCUCAUCAGAACCCAUGAACCAACAAUAUUAUCCAGAUGGUCAUGGUGAUUAUGCAUAUCAGCAGUCAUCCUACACCGAGCAGAGCUAUGACAGGUCAUUUGAGGACUCCACACAGCAUUACUAUGAAGGAGGAAAUUCCCAGUAUAGCCAGCCGCAGGCAGGAUACCAACAGGGAGCUGCGCAACAGCAAACAUAUUCACAGCAACAGUACCCAAAUCAGCAAAACUAUCCAGGACAACAACCUGGAUAUGGUCCUGCACAAGGAGCCUCUUCACAGUAUUCCAGCUACCAACAGGGACAGGGGCAGCAGUAUGGCAGUUACAGAGCUUCUCAGACAGGACCAUCUGCCCAACAACAGAGGCCUUAUGGCUAUGAGCAGGGUCAAUAUGGAAACUACCAGCAAUAA